AUGGUUCAGAUUUGUGAUAACGACGAAGUGCACGAGUUUUUGCAGAAACACUUCCUGCACUGGUUUGAAGCUCUAAGUCUCAUGAACAGGAUCUCCGAAGUCAUUGAACAAUUGGACAAGUUACAAUCACUUGUGUCGGUUAGUGAAUCGACUCAUGUAACAGCCUUCCUUGAAGACGCACGACGAAUUUUCCUCAGUAACCGAUAUAUCGUCGACCUUGCGCCCCUCCAGAUUUACUCCUCCGCAAUGAUUUUCGCGCCGCAAACCAGCGUAGUAAGGAAGGUUUGUGGCCGGAUCCCGUCAUGGCUAAGGCGGUGUCCCACUACUCCAGUAGUGUGGAGUCCCGAGCUCCAGACGCUGGAGGGACAUACUGAUUCGGUGAACGCGGUGGCUUUCUCCCACGACGGCUCGCUCCUCGCCUCCGCAUCAAAUGACGAGACGGUGAGGUUGUGGAACCCGCACACGGGUCGAGAGAUCCAGACGCUCAAGGGACCUCCAGGAAUUAUAGCCGUCGAUUUCUCGCUGGGUGAUACGGCUCUCCGUACAAAUCAAGGAAUAAUGUCUAUUGAUAAUAAAUUUAUUCCUUGCUUAACUUUCGAAUCUUCAGCCUGGCAACCCAUUACAAUGAACGAUGCGUGGAUUCGACAAGGUGAACAUGAUCUUCUCUGGCUUCCACUGGAGUAUCGCAGGAGUCCUUCGGCUUUCUAUGGCAAUACGAUUGCAAUUGGUUUACGUUCUGGUCAGGUUGGAUUCAUCCAGCUGGAUUAUCUGGAAGUUUCUGAUGUUCGUCAUUAA